GAAUUUCUGGAGCGCUCUACUUGUCUGACUACUCCCACUCGUAACAGUGCACAAGGGCUGAAUGGGAAUGGUGCAAGGCAGAGAUUCCCUCUGUUUUUUUGCUUGUUGCUUUCAGACAGACAAAUCGAUUGCUUCCUAUCCUUUCUCAUAACAAGCUGGAAUAAUUAACUGGUGUUUUCACAGAUGCUGGAUUCUUGAAGUUUCUUCUUUUUAGCCGGUCCAAGUUUAGCAGAAGGGAUAUUCUUUUGAAAAUUCAGCAACAACGAAGGGGAAAUAUCUGAUGCAGCAUUUUGUUUGAAAGCAAAAUAUUUCCAGGUGGGAGGAAUUCGGAGCUGACAAAAUCCGACCCAUCCUUGUCCUCAGUGACCAGGAAUACAGUUUUGCCUUAAAGGAACUGGAAGUUUUCCAAAAGAGAGGAGGAGAUAAAACAAAAGAGAAAUCAACCCUUAGGACAUUGAUCCUCUGAGGAUUGCACGUAUAGUGCACAACUUGAGACCAACCAUAAAUUUGCAGCCCCCUGCGCAACUGUAAGAUUGAAAACAUCAUCAGUUAAGCUUCAAUAUGUGAAUGAUUCUUUCAAUGUAGUCUUUGACAUUACUGCUCUCCACUACGUGACAGAGAAAAGCUUUCCAAAUGCACAAAAGAGCUAAUUCAAGCUGCACCUGUGGAAAACAGCAAAAGAGAUCUAAGUGUGUCAGCUCUUUAAUAUAAGGUGAAGAGUCAAAGGAAGCAAAGCACAACUUCCGCAAGAGUGGCUAGAAGAUAGAGUUUCUUUAAGCAAAGAAGAUUUUUUUCAUAUGCUGAUCUGGCAACUGUAAAUUUUUUUGGCAUGUUCACUGAAAGAUUGGGGACAAGUCAGGUGGUCUGGAAUAUAAAUCAGAAUCAGCUGUGUAAACAGCAAGACAGAAGGAAAUAGCCACUGUACUGGAGGGAGUUGAACUGGAGCACCAUUCAGGAGGAAAGGAAAUACUACCUGGAAAUGUUAAAUUCAUGUUCCGAGAUUAUUUUGGCAAGCACAAGAUUUUCUGGGAUGCACUAAAUGUGGUUUUAAGAGAUUGAAUGACCUGCCAAUCAAAAAUAUCCUUAAACAUGACCAGCACGGCCUGGAGUUUGUUUGCAUGGGCUGGCAUAGGAUUACUUCUGGGACUGAUGAUGCAGUCUGUCACUGUGGGAUCGUGUCCCUCAGUAUGUCGGUGCGAUCGAGGUUUCGUGUACUGCAAUGACAGAGGACUGACAUCCAUACCAACAGGAAUUCCUGAGGACUCCACAACCCUUUUCCUACAGAACAAUCAAAUUAAAAAUGCUGGAAUUCCAAGAGAACUCCUGAAUUUAGUGAAGGUGGAAACUAUUUACUUGUACAGAAAUAGUCUGGAUGAAUUUCCCACCAAUAUACCAAAAUACAUUAAAGAACUCCAUUUGCAGGAAAACAAUAUAAGGGCCAUCUCCUUGGAUUCACUUUCGAAAAUACCCUAUUUGGAAAGGCUGCAUUUGGAUGAUAAUUCAGUAUCUGCUGUUAGUAUUGAAGAAGGCGCCUUUCGAGAUAGUAAGUAUCUGAGAUUAAUUUUUUUGUCAAGGAAUCACCUCAGUAGUAUACCCAUUGGACUCCCCAGCACUAUUGAAGAACUAAGACUGGAUGACAAUCGUAUUGCCACCAUUUCAGAGGACGCCCUUAGACAGCUCACUGGCCUGAAACGUCUGGUGUUAGAUGGGAAUUUGCUGAGCAAUCAAGGGCUCCAAGAUAAGGUUUUCAACAACCUUGUGAACCUUACAGAGUUAUCUCUUGUGCGCAAUGUUCUUACUUCUCCCCCAAUUCUACCCAUAACAAGCUUGCAGAAGCUCCACCUUCAAGAAAAUCAUAUUAAUUUGAUCCCCACCAAUGCCUUUUCCUAUCUCAGACAAUUACAUCGGUUGGACUUGUCUAAUAAUAAUUUAACCCACUUGCCUCAGGGAAUCUUUGAUAAUCUGAAUAACCUGACCCAGUUGUUGCUCCGUAACAACCCCUGGUAUUGUGGCUGCAAAAUGAGGUGGGUUCGGGACUGGCUUCGCUCACUUCCGACCGGGGUCAAUGCCCGUGGACUAAUGUGCCAAUCACCUGAAAAAGUUAGAGGCAUGGCUAUUAAGGACCUAGCAGUCACUAUGUUUGGCUGCAAAGACAUCACCUCAGAAACUAUCCUCACCUCCACGUCACGCACUCCUGCAUCUUCAGUUGUGUUACCGGCCACACAGGAACAAUGGCCUUCAUUUGUGACGAAACAGCCAGGUGGGAAAAAAACAGACCGUGUUAACAACUACCAGCCCACAGCUGUUCCUGGGAGCACAGCUGUCCGACUCAGUGUGAAAUCUGUGAGUGUAGAUACAAUUCAUAUUACUUGGAAGACAUUCCUGCCUAUGACAGCACUCAGGCUCAGUUGGCUUAAGAUGGGACAUAAUCCUGCAUUGGGAUCUAUCACUGAAACCAUUGUGCAUAGCGAGAGAAGUGAAUACUUGCUUACAGCCCUUGAGCCAGGGUCAUUCUAUCGCAUAUGUAUGGUUCCCAUGGAAACCAGCAAUGUGUAUCUGUUAGAUGAGACCCCAGUCUGCACUGAAACAGAGACCGCAUCUCUGAAGACACACAACCCUACGACCACCCUUAACAGGGAGCAGGAGAAGGAGCUUUACAGAAACACAAGCCUGACUUUAGCAGGCAUCAUAGGGGGUGCAGUGGCAGUCGUGGUAAUCGCUUUACUCGCACUGGUCUGCUGUUACUUGCACAGAACUGGAACCCCUUUCUCGAAAAAUUGUGUGUAUAACAGAGGGCGGAGAAGGAAGGAUGACGAUUAUGCAGAGGCUGGAACCAAGAAGGAUAACUCGAUUUUAGAAAUUAGAGAAACGGCAUUUCAGAUGAUUCCAAUGAACAGUGAGCAAGCAGCAAAAGAAGAGUUUGUAAUACACACUAUAUUUCCACCUAAUGGGAUGAGUUUGUACAAAAACAACCACAGUGAAACUAACAGUAGCAACAGAAGCUACAGGGACAGUGGAAUACCAGAUUCAGAUCACUCUCACUCGUGAUAAUUGCAGAACUGCUAACUGAAAGGGACUACAGAAAUGGCUGUAUUACUUGGAAACACUGGAUUUGUGAAUAUUGGAGGAAACAUGACUGCACAUUUGCCAUAUAAUUUAUAUUUAAUGAACUUUGUAUCAAUAAAGUUGCAGAAUCCAGGUGAUUAUUGCUGAAUUGUGCAGUACGGAUACCUGACCACCAAUUGCAAUUCUAUAUUUUAGUAACUUCUAGUAAUUUGUAUUUUUUCUUUGAUAAUCUUAAAAGAUUUAAGAGAAUUUAAAUUUCGUGUUCUGUUGAUGGAAGAUUGCUUGUCAGCUGUGAAGGUGGUUUUCUUACAAGUGCUGAACAUUCAGAGACCUUUUUAAAGCGUAUUUGAGAACCUUGUAGUGUAAGCACAGGUCCUUUUACUAGCUACUGAAGGUAGGUAUCCUGCAGAUGAAUAGUACACUUGAAGACAAUUUUAAUUCAGGAUUUAAGGGGAAACUAUGUAUGUUGUUCAUGCCUGAGUAUGUUGCACAGAAAUAACUCAAUACCAGAAAUAUGAUAGUGGUUGUAAACACAUCAUUCCAGCUUACGGUAUACGUUAUUUGCUAUUACGUUUAGACUUGGAGCCACAGACUUCUUUAUUGCCACAAGAAAAGGUACUUUUUAAAAAUAAAAUUAAACCAAAGUGCAUUGUUAGCCCUUUGGCCAGUCUUGUAUGUGCCUUGACCAAAUGUUAAUUGUAUUCAGCAUUUUAAAAUACGGUUACUUUUUUUUCACUCCAUACUUGUCAAUAAGAAAAAAGUGGUCUUUCUGCAGAAUAAAAUUGAACAAAAUUU